CACGCUAUUGUUUAUUUAUCCUUGCCAAAUCUAGUGCAAAGAAAUUCUCAGGAAACAUUUUCAUGUGCAACUCGAAUGGUUUAUUCUUUAGUGUUAGAGACUGUGUGAAUCUGAAAAAUAUUUAACGAAUAUGAAUUCCAGAUGUACCCCUUCUGGAGAGAUAGUGGCAAUGGUAAUGGAAUAUCUCACCAUACCCGAACGCAGGACAGCGGCUUCGGUUUGCAGACAAUGGCGAAAUUCGGUAUUCAAUGAGAGUUUUUUCAAACAGAUUUGUGUGAAAGUAUCGAGACCAACGGAUUUGUCUGCUCUCAGCACUAGCGCUUUAUACAGGCGAUUCCGAAACGUAUCGAUCGACUACACGCAUGGAAACAUCGAUGAAGUAAUGUUGGGAAAUUUCCUAAUUGGCUCACCCAUUGAACGAAUAUCUAUAAACGGUGAAUCAAAACCAGUAAAAGCUUGGCUAGAGAACACUCUGCCAUUCUUGAGGUGUUUGUUGUAUUUAAAAAUAGAAACUUGGAUGAAGAAAGACGAUAAAGAUGAAAACCUCAAAAAAAUGAAACCUGCCAGUAUAGGGGAAAUUGAAGAAAUUGGAAUUAAUCACCCUGGGGUGAAAGUUCUCGAAUUGAAAAAUUUCAGUGCAUGUACCAUUACCGAAAUAAACUGUCCAGCCUUGAUCGUUUUUCAUACAUCAACAAACCGUUUUGGAGCGAACUGUGAGCUUCUACCUAUUUUUGAAAAGUAUACAAACCUGCAGGAAUUGAGCCUCAACGAUGAACACAUGGCAUUGACUGAGGAACUGGAAUUUGAUAUGUUGGUCCAUUUAGUGAAACUACAACUAGAUGGACGUUCAUUCAAAGUCAACCGAAAAUUUUUCAAUAGCAUCUCGAGAAUGCCACGGCUUCAUACCCUUCAUCUGGUGAAUUGUAUGUUCUGCCUCCCAGAUGAGGCACAGGCAACGUAUGUUGUCUCCAGCAGAAUAACAACAUUCGUUGUCUGUAGUGAUAUGCCGGCCAUCAUCAUUCUGAAUUUCCCAAAUUUGAAAAAAUUGACCUGUUUAUGUAAUGGAUCUGAUUUGAAUCGGAACAUACAGCUUAUGUGUCGUUUUUACUCCGUCCUCGAAGAAAUAAAUAUUGGUGUACCUAGUAACUUGUACAAUUUGCACUAUUGCGAUCCACUGAUGGAGUUCAUUAGUGAAUUCAGAUGCCUCAGGUCCAUCCAAUUCACUCGGAUGUUCACGAUAAAUAUAACAUGGCCCGUCAGCAACAUUCUGGACAUCGAGAAGAUUAGGUUCCUGGAAUGUGGAGUAGAGGGAGAGGCCGCCUUAUUAAUCGCAGACAAAUUCCCGGCGUUGAGAGAUUUGUUCCUAGACAAUUGUUCUCUCAUGGGUGAAACGGACAUAUUUGAAAUCGACGAAAAAUGUUCCAGGGGUCUACGAUCCUACAUACCUCGAUGUAGAAUUUCAUUUCGUGGCAGCUCUGUCUCUGAAUGAGCUGAUAUUUCGCGUUUUAAACUUUUAUUCGUUUGUUUUAUAAUUUUUAUGUAAUGUAAUGUAUAAUGUUUUAUGUUCAGAAAAGUAAAGUGCUAUUUUAUUUUUGUAGUAGAA